AUGGCUUCCACGACGGGAGCGUCCAUGCCGGACCCCGUGGUCAACGGCGCACGCACUGUCGUCAACGGUGUUCUCCCCAAUGGCACCGCCGCCCGCCCGCACACACCCAGGACGCCGAGCCUGAGCGGCCUGUCGCUCACCGAGUACAGCGCCAACCCUUCUCCCCCUUCCGAGGAGAAGAGAUCGAGGCUCAAGAAUGUCAUACCACCCGAGUUCAUGCUGCCGAACGGGCACCCAGACUACCUCCGCCUCAUCCUCACCUCCCGAGUCUACGAGGUCUGUAAGGAGACCACCCUCACCCACGCCGUCAACCUCAGCAACCGCCUCGAGUGCAACGUCCUGCUCAAGCGCGAGGACGAGCAGCCCGUCUUCAGCUUCAAGCUGCGCGGCGCCUACAACAAGAUGGCCCACCUGAACCCGGCCCAGUCGUGGAAGGGCGUCAUAUGCUGCUCCGCCGGCAACCACGCCCAGGGUGUCGCCUACUCGGCCCGCAAGCUCAAGAUCCCCGCCACCAUCAUCAUGCCCGAGGCCACCCCGGCCAUCAAGCACCGCAACGUCUCGCGCAUGGGCGGCCACGUCGUCCUGCACGGCGCCGACUUUGACGCCGCCAAGGAGGAGUGCCAGCGGAGGGAGGCUCAGGACGGCCUGCUCAACAUCCCGCCCUUUGACGACCCCUACGUCAUCGCCGGCCAGGGAACCAUCGGCAUGGAGCUGCUGCGCCAGACCAACAUCCAGAAGCUCGAGGCCAUCUUUUGCUGCGUCGGCGGCGGCGGCCUGAUUGCCGGAGUUGGCGUCUACGUCAAGCGCAUUGCCCCCCACGUCAAGAUCAUCGGCGUCGAGACGUACGAUGCCAACGCCAUGGUCCAGUCACUGGAGAAGAAGGAGCGCGUAGUGUUGAAGGAGGUCGGGCUGUUCGCCGACGGCGCGGCGGUCAAGACCGUCGGCGAGGAGACGUUCCGCAUCUGCUCCGAGGUCGUGGACGAGGUCAUCCAGGUCACCACCGAUGAGGCCUGCGCCGCCAUCAAGGACGUAUUCGAGGACACGCGGUCCAUCGUCGAGCCCGCGGGUGGCCUGGCACUGGCCGGCCUCAAGAAGUACGUCGCCAAGUACCCCUCUGUCGACCCAGACAGGACCCUCGUCGCCGUCACCAGCGGCGCCAACAUGAACUUUGACCGCCUGCGCUUCGUGGCCGAGCGUGCCACUCUGGGCGAGGGCAAGGAGGCGCUGCUCUGCGCCCACAUCCCCGAGAAGCCCGGCGCCUUCGAGUCGCUCAUCUCGGCCGUCAUGCCCCACUCGGUCACCGAGUUCAGCUACCGCUACGCCAACGCCGCCGAGGCCAACGUCCUCGUCGGCAUCUCCCUCACAGCGCCCGCCGCCCAGCGCGUCCAGCAGCUGCAGGGCCUCAUGGGCCGCAUCGAAGCCGGGGGCAUGACCGUCACCGACCUCUCGGGCGACGAGCUCGCCAAGAGCCACGUGCGCUACCUCGUCGGCGGGCGGUCCGACGUGCCCGACGAGCGCCUGUACAUGUUCAACUUCCCCGAGCGCCCCGGCGCCCUCGAGAAGUUCCUCGCCACACUGCGGCCCAAGUACAACAUCAGCCUGUUCCAGUACCGCAACGAGGGCAGCGACAUCGGCAAGGUGCUCACGGGUCUGCAGUGCCCCGCCGAGGAGGUCCACGAGCUCGAGGGCUACCUGAGGCAGAUUGGCUACCCGUGGGUCGACUGCACCGACAGCACCGUGUUCAAGACGUUUUUGAGGAGUUGA